AAAUAUUCAGAAUCAUAAACAUUCUCUGCGUUCAGUUUUCUUCUUCUCUCUUGGUAACCCACACUCGUCUGAGUCGUCUCUGUUACUCACCUUUGUUUUUGUUUCUCCAAUUCUUGCAAGAUCUCUUGAGAUAAUUCACAUGGAGGAACCGAGAGAGGAAUCUGAGUCUGUUCGUGAGCCCAUGGAGGAAGCUGGUAAGGGACUAGGUUUAUCUUUUAAAACUGAAACCCUAGUUGGUGAGGUUUCGGAUUUAGGCGUUUCUGUUGAGAACCCACAUGGUGGAGGUUUAGCUGCUGGUGAUGGGAGCUUAAAAGCGGGUAAUUCGGUUUCUGAUGAGAAACAAGGGAAAGCUGAUGUUGUUGAUGGUGUUAAAAGGACUGAUGCUAUCACAGAUAUGGAGUGUGAAGGAGAUACUGGAACUGUUGAGGUGAAGUUGAAUGAUGAAACGGCUAAGUCUGCAGUUAAGAGUAACAAUGGUGCUAGUCAUGAUGAAACUGCAAGAGAAGAGGAGACUGUAAUUUCUGCUGCGAAUGGUGCUACUGAUGAGAAGGCAACAUGUGAAGUUGAAGAUAACGGAGGUGUUUGUGCUGCAGAACAAGAUGUUGAAACUGAAAAGUCCCAGCAAAAGUCAGUCGAUGGUGAGACGCUUUCUGUGUCAGAAGAUAAAGCUGACCAAGAGAAGGAGGCAACACAGAGAAGCGAGAAGGAUCAUAGCAAACAAGAGAAGGAAUCAGCAAACAAAAGGGAGGAGGAUAAUAACGAAAUGGAUGUUGAUAGCAAACAGGAAAAUGAAGAGAAUGUUGCUCUUCAUGAACACGGAGAAGCCAUGGAAAUUGAUUGUGCAGCAGAGGAACAGGUGGAAAAGGAUGUUAAAGUGGACCGCGCUUUGGAUAAUCAUUGCAAUGAAUCUGCUGGCGCAAGUAUGGUACAAACCCAAGAUGUUCCAAUAGCUGAAGUUGACAACAAUGAUUCCAAUGUAGUAAAGAAAAUGGAAACUGAUGAACGCAAAAAUAAUGCUCAUAUGGCAAGUGAUCUUACCGGAACAAUUGAAUCUGCUGAUUCAGCAAUCCAAAAUAGUCCCACUGAAGAUGCUGCUCCAGGUGAAGUUGAACCGUUGGAUCAUAAUGCUCUUUUUGAUCCAACUUCUGAUAUUACCAACUUUAUUGAUUUCAGUGGUGUAUCAUCUUGGUCAGGAAAUAUACAAGACCUUAAAACCGAAACCGGGAAUGUAUCUUUAAAAGAUGCUAAGAAAGCUACUGACAUGGCAGAGGAUGUUGCCACAGCAGAUGCUAAUCUAAGCUUAAGUCCCGCAGGUAUCGAAACUGAAUCGAAUGAAGCCCGUGUUGGUGUUGGGGCAGAAUCUCCAGCUGCUGCAACAUAUUGUUCAAAAGAGACUUCUGAUGCAACUUUGGGAUAUGAAGAAAACCAACAAGAUAAGGAUCAUCAAUCCCUGGAUAAGAAAACAGCAGAUCAACAAGAUACAAUGAUAGAGGAAGAUGACAUUACUCAUGAAGCUCCAAGUAUCGAUCCAAACCAAAAGGAAGAUACAGAAAUGGAAGAAAAUCCCAACAAUUCUGAUUAUGCUGAUGAUGAAACCGGUUCUAACAUUAAAACCAAUGGUGUGAAACGAAAGGCUGAUGUCCUGAGUGAGGAUUCACCAGGAGAAGGUAGGAAGACUGUUUCAUUCGCAAAGGUGUCUUUUGCCGAAAGGCCGUCCUUUAAGAUCGGUGCAUGCAUAGCCAGGGCUGCUAGUCAGAUGGCAGGAUCUCCUUCAGUUUUGAAGGGUAGUAACUUUGGUGAUGAAACUCUUUCCACUGAGAGUUUUGUAUCCCAGCUCCAUUGCGCAGCAACAGACCCUGUUAAAGAGAACGUUGUAUCUGACAUUGCUGCUGGCUUUUUCUUAGAUUUCCGAAACUCAUCAGCUUCGCAGCAAGUUACCACAGAAAAGGUUAGCAAGAAAAGAGGUAGACCAUCCAAUUCUGAUGUAGCAGGAACUGAAUCAUUUGAUUUCGAGGAAACGGGAGACACAUACUGGACUGACAGGGUGAUCCAUAAUGGUGGUGAAGAGCAAACUCCACCUACUGAAAAAGGAAAUUAUCAAGUCGUGCCGGUUGAGUUGAAACCUGCUGAGGUUCAAAGGACUCGCCGACCAUACAGAAGACGACAGUCUCAGAUCAGUAUUCCUCAUUCAGCCUCUAAGAAACCAGCAGACUUUGAUGAGAAUGCACCAGCGGAGAUUAUAAUUAACUUUUCUGAAACGGAUACAAUACCUUCUGAGAAGAGUCUGAGUAAAAUGUUCAGGUAUUUUGGACCUAUACAGGAGUCACAGACUGAAGUUGACAAGGAGAAAAACCGGGCUAGGGUAGUUUUUAGGAAGGGGGCUGAUGCUGAGGUUGCUUACGAUAGCGCAGGAAGGUUCAACAUCUUUGGGGCGAAGGUGGUUGUGAAGUACGAGAUCAGCCAUACUAUUACUGAAACAUUCAAAGUUCAGCCUUAUGUUGUGACUUUAGGUGAGGAGGAUGCAGCGGUAUGUCCUCCCUCUUAGAUGGAGUUUUGGUUCAGGUGAAAACAAACGGCAGGCAUCAAGAGAAGUAAACAAUGAAGUGGCUCAAUGGAGAUUGGAGGCUCUUGCAUGUGUUUUGUUACCUUUUAGAUAGAGAGAUCAUUUAGGAUGUGUAGUAUGAAAACAUGUAUUUUUCUAGAGACAAGAGUUCUUGGUUAUGUGUAAUUUGUCGAGGCUAGAGAGGUUAAUCUUCUACUUUCUUUCUUUUUCUGGUCGCAAAACAUUUGAUUUGUUGUUUUUAAACCAAGUGAAAUUAGGAGAGUGUUUGUUGAAGUGAUUUUGAUCAUUAAAUUUGGUGCCUAAUAAGCGUGAGAUGAUUCG